UUAGUCAUUCAAAAUUGGUCGACGAGAGACGAACGUUUGCACGAUCAUAAUCAUUUGUUAAGUGACUCAUUCGAUUUUAUUUCAAGCUUUUAGACUUGCUGAUAUUAAAAAUUAAAAAAGUUUCGAGUUGCUGCCAGUUGAAGAAUUAAAAAUGAAAUAUUUACACAUUUUUGUCUUCUUCAUUCAUACAAUUCUUAUACUGGAAAUCAAUAGCAUGCCUGUGUCACUUCCAAGUGGCCAAAUUCUAUAUCGUGUUUCAAGUGAAUAUUUUAAGCAACCUGAAUCUCAUAAUAAAGAAAGUUCUAACUCCCUGUAUAAUUUGUUAACACAAAUACAUUAUGGUGGAACAUCGCAGUCAGUCACGAUAAGUACGAGCGAAACACAGAAUGAGGACAUUUCAAAUGAUAAUAUGGAGGUACCAAAGGGAGAAGCGUCAACACAGAAAAGCACUAACGAAUAUCCCAAGGCUGUAGACGACGUGACCGAGCUGCAGCAACAAAUGGACAUAACAAAAAUUAAUGAUGAUAAUAGUCUUCAAGCUGUAAUUGAAAAAGUUGUCAAUGAAGAGAUAAAGAAAUUGUCUGAAAUGAAACUUCAAACUGAAAAGACUUCUUCGGUCUCUGAUGAGAAAAUUCCCAUUGACACUACAACUGAAUUUCCAUCCGAAGAAGAAAGUAUUGAAAAUGGUUUAACUACAGAAAAAUCUCUUGAUGAUAUGGAAUUAUCAUCACCAACAGAGAAACCUCGAGAAGCAGAAAAUGAAGUGGAAAAAAUUGAAACAAUAACAGAUGAAAAUAUGGAAAUAUUUAAAACUGAAAGCCAAACUGCAGUAGAUGAAUUGGAAACAACGACAAUGAUAGCUCAGGAUAUGUUGCAACCGGAAGAAAUUGUUAACAUUGAUAAUAGCAUCAACGAGUCUCUUCUAAAUGCGGUAGGAGAUCUGUUGUCAUCCAUUUUGGGACUUGAGAGUAAGAAAACUUAUGAAGUUGAGAAUGAAAACGUUCUGAAAGAUAAGGAAGCAGAUGUUGUCAGCUUUACUGCUUCGAAUUCAGAUGAAGACGUAAUCUCUAAGGAACCAAUUUCGCAAAACAAUAGCUCUGAGUCAUUAACGACUAACAACUCGCUUGAUCUAGAAACAUCAAGUGAAGCAACUGAAAUUGAACAUAACAUCGAGGAAAUUGAUAAAAAUGCUUCGCUCGCUAACCAUGCAGAUGAUAAAAGAACUGAUAUAGAUUCCAACAGAGUGGUGCCAGCGGGACUCUCCCCCGUCGUGUCUAAUGACUUUCAAGAUAAGGAGUUAAGUGAAAUUGAUUUGAAAAUAGAGAAUUUAGCCAACGCGCAGCCAUUCUAUGCAACCGAAAACAUUCCCGAACAGUUCAUAGAGGCAGUGAAUGUAGAAAACAUUAAGACUGAAUCCGAACCUUUAGAAGCCAGUGAAAUUGAUGUUGUAAGUCCUAUUUCAUUUGAUGAAAAGAUUAAUCAAGUGAUGAACUUAGUGAAAAGUAGUGACGGGCGAUUAUCACUACAAUCUGUUGGAAAUGUUGUCGAUUCAAUCCUUAUUGAUAAACACAUGAAAGAUGAUGUUAACAACUUGGAUCAAAUUGUCUAUGGAACAUUGAAGAAUAUUGAAGAAAACUUAGGAUUAAAUGAAGAUUCCUUAACAUCAGCUGAUUCUUACGAUCCCAUGGUCCAUCAUCGAGAAGAUUUAAUCAAAAGCUUUGAGACAGAGAUAAACGAGUCACUAUUCAACAAAGCGGAGCUUGAGCAAGAAAACUACAUGCCGAAUAGUGCUAAAGCUGCAAUCUAUUUCAAGAAUCAUGAUAUUGACUUUUAAGUGUCAUCUUAAAAAAGAACUUUUCAAAUAAAAGAAUUGAAAUUUG